CAGUGUGCUUGAGGAAUCAACCAUUGUUCCUGACCAUUGAAUGCCAGCUAGCUCGGAUUUGUCGUCAAAUGCCAAUGCUUUUGAAUAAAAAACCUUGCGGCGCAUCUCUAUUACUAGCACACCAACUUCGCAUCGUCUUUUAUCAUUCUUGUCAUGUUCGCAUCCAUCGAACAUAGAGCUUACCAAAUGGUUCUCCUAUCUUUGGUGGCCUUGAGCCUGGCUUUCAUUUCUCCUGUGAAUGCGGCCCCUCCUGUCGCAUCAGGAACAGUCGGCGUUGGAAGCCCCGUACAAACAACUGGGUAUCCAAUAGCCCUACAAGGAAAUCUUCAAGUCCAUGACCCCAGCGUUAUCCGCUACAACAACAACUACUACGCCUUCACUGGAGGGGUAUCUAUCCCCUAUUUCAAGGCGAGUAACAUGAGCGGACCAUGGGAAUCGCUAGGCACAGUGUUAAAUGGACCAAGUGUGAUUCAAAGAGAAGGCCGAGAAGACCCAUGGGCCCCAAACGUGAUGGAGUACAACGGGUCCUUUUACUGCUAUUACGCAGUUAGCCGGGAUGGAACACGGGAGAGCUCCAUUGGAGUAGCGAUCACUGCGGAUAUCGACCGGGGUCCUUGGACUGAUCUUGGAGAAAUCAUCGCAACGGGUACGGGUCUCUUCAGCAGCAACUAUCCUUACAGUGCAUCGAAUGCUAUCGACCCUAGUGUCCUGAUCGAUCCGAAAAAUGGUCAACCAUACCUGGCUUGGGGGAGCUAUUGGACCAAUAUCUGGCAGGCACCUCUCGCCUCGCAGUUGACGUCGGUUGAAGACAGAGAAGACCCCGACGCGGUGAAUCUUGCUUACGACAUUCUUCCUGGAGAAGAUAAUGCGUUUCUGAAAUCAUAUCCGGCUACGAGAGAGCCGGAUGGAACACGUCCUGUCGAGGGGUCGUUUAUGUAUUAUCGAGAACCGUGGUAUUAUCUCUGGUUUAGCCAUGGACAGUGUUGUAAUUUCGAGUCGACUCUUCCUCCAGCUGGUGAUGAAUACUCCAUUCGCGUCGGCAGAUCCGCCACCAUCCAAGGUCCAUACGUAGACGAAUCAGGCACGAACCUCACAGACGGCGGCGGCACCAUCAUAUAUGGCUCGAACAAUAACGGCGUGGUCUACGCACCAGGUGGACAGGGAAUAAUGAGUGGAGCAGAAACUGGUGAUUUUGAUAUACUUUAUUAUCAUUACUUAAACGAGGACAUUGGUCUAAAUUACGAUGUGAGAAUACCCGGAAAUAGUUAAGCGUGGAAACAAAAACAUGCUAAUUGACGUGUGUGUG